AUGGACAAUGGAGAAAGUAAUAUUGACAAUCCGGAUUCCGGUUCAAGACAAAAUACACCUACAAAAACAAAAUUGAAAAGAGGAAGCGAAGUUUCUAAAAAAGAUAAGCCCAAGCAUCGAUCACAAAAAUUUCGAAAUGAAUGGACAAAAUCUGAAGAUUUUGAACAUUGGAUUGCACCUGUUCCUCAAGAUGAAUACAAAGCAUUUUGCAAGUUUUGUAAAGUACCAAUGGUUGCCGAAAUGUCUGUCUUUAAGUCACAUAAUAUUGGAAAAAAACAUUCCCAACUAAUGAAUGGUAUUAAAACUAAACGCCAACCUUUAAUGUCUUGUUUUACUACACCUCAAGUUGAAGUAGAAGCAAACAUUAAAAAAAAAGAAAAAAUUUCUGUAGCUGAGAUAAGACUGGCUGCUUUUUUUGCGGAACUCAAUAUUUCUUUUUUAACUAGUGAUCAUUUAAUUGAUUUAUUAAAAGAAACAUUUGACGAUUCAGAAACUAUUCAGGGAUUAAAUAUGAAACGUACAAAAACUACUGCUAUUAUAAAAAAUGUAAUUGGCGCAUCACAAAAAGAAGAACUGGCUAACAAACUAAAAAUUUGUAAAUUCAGUAUCAUGACAGACGAAUCAACAGAUAUUGGUACCAUUAAAACAUCAUGUAUAUGUAUAUGUACGCAACCUAUAGACCAGGAUGUGUUAACUGUUAAACUAUUAGUAAUUCGCAGAAGAGAUGACUUUCUGCACAACAACACAGAUAAUCAAUUAGCUGUCAGCACAUUAUAG